AAAUAGAAGUAAACUUGUCAAAAUUAGUAAAAGUGAAGUUUAGAACCAAUCAAAAUGGAAGAUAAUUAUCUACAUCUACAUUGUAAUUAGUUUUGUCACAAUAAAGUUUUGUUAUUAAACAUUUGGAUUAUAAUAUCAAGGAAUACGUAUCUUAACCUAUUUAAAUAGUAAAUUAGACUUGUAAAAAUAGAAUACAUGUGUGAGGUAUUGGAAAUUGUUUAUAACUGUACUAAAUAUCAAUUCUUUUGUAAAUUUAGAAAUGAACUGAGUGUGUGACAAAUAUUUACAUUAUGGGUAAUUGUUUAAAACGAUCAACAACAGAUGACAUCUCCCUCCUGCGGGGCAGCGAUAGCGUAAGGGAAUCGUCUUCUGAUCAGUUGGGACCUUCUCCAUAUCAGGAAACAUUACCCAUUCAGACAUCGGCUCCGGUAUAUCACCCGUCCCCUAGCGUAACACGGCCAGUUGCGCUCUUAACGGAAGAAGAGCAAGUGAAGAUUGCCAAGCGCAUAGGACUUAUUCAACAUUUGCCUACCGGAACGUAUGACGGAUGUAAAAAGGCGCGCGAGUGUGUUAUUUGUAUGGUAGAGUUCUUAGUGGGUGACGCGGUUCGUUAUUUACCUUGUAUGCAUACUUACCAUAUGGCAUGUAUUGACGAUUGGCUGAUGCGCAGUCUGACAUGUCCCAGCUGUAUGGAACCAGUUGAUGCCGCCUUGUUGACGAGUUACGAGACCAAUUAAUGGCUAGUGCCUUGCAAUUGUAGUGAAACACUGUGAUUUGUACUGUCUUCAUGUCUGGGUGUGAAUGUUUUCUGUGAUAUUAGCGCAUCUGUAUCAGAAAUUGGGGAAUUUCUUAAUAGUUUUGUUAGCAUUCAUAUUCUAUAGUUAGUUGUCGACGAAUUUUAGUAAAUGUCGUUUAUUAACAGCUAAAAAUAGUGCAACACUGCUACAGUUUUCUUCUUUGGCAGAAAAUAUAAUUUCCAAAAAUGAAUGUUUCCCGGUAAAUACAUGUUUUUGGCAACUGGACAAACACUCAACCAUGACCUUUAAGAUUUUCUUUUCUACAAAAUGAUGACUAACUAAGAAGGUUUGUGCAUUCAACUCUAAGGGAUAUCGAUGAGAUAAUCACUUAUAAAUUACUACAAUCAUCAGGUAAAAGGCUUUGAAGGCUCUCUAGUACUUAAAGAGCUUGAAAUUACAAAGCUUCAAGCUCAUUCUAUAUGUAAGGAUUUGGAUUUUCUCGGUAAACCCUUUCCUAUAAAUUUGAAACUUUGGAUUUAUAUUUAAUUUGAAUCUUCAACUGUUUUAACUCUGUAAUGUAUUUAACAAAGACUUCAAUUCCAAGAAAGUGGGCUUGACAUUAAAACUAAGGGUAGGCCUAGGUGGACGCAUGAUAAUUUAAAAAAUGAAAUAACAAAAACCACAGUAAAACUUUAAUAAAACGAAACAUCAAAGCAAGACCAAUAUCAGUUGUUCGCUGAUGAGGACUCCUUUUAUUAAAGUUUUGUUUGGUGCGUAACACAAUGAAGUUGAGGUAACGCUUAUGUGCUCGAUUUUCCGUCGUCUGUCUGUCUGUUCCAUCAAGAUCUCGGCCCCUGGGCCACUUGGAGAGUUCGGGUUUUCGCUAAUUGGUCUAUAUUUGCCCGUUACUCAUCAUUUACAGUUGUGUUAUGCGGCAACACCCACAAGUGGGGUUUGAAACAUUUUUAUUUCCGUGUUUGUUAAUUUAACGACCACGAGGUACAGUAUUUUUGUGAUAGUAUUAUUUUAUUUAGAGAAACAUAAUAUCCGUAAAUUUUCCUAUAUUGCACACAAUAGAGAACUGAUACAUCGGAACAUUUUUAGAACUUCUGGGUUAGUUCUCAAACGCGAAACAUUUUUUUAAUUUUAUGUUUAUUAGGCGUUUUGGAAUAAUUGUUAUAAAAUUGAAAAGAGUAUACCAUAAUCCCCAGUGAAAGUGUUAGCCAAGGUGUCAUCCAUCCGAGUUUCCAUCCAAUGCUUGCUACUAAAGAAGAAUGUUAGCUUGUGGCACGUAGCUCUCAAACGAAGGACCCUUGGUGUCUUUGGAAAAAAAGUUUGUUUCGGUUCCCUCUACCGCUCCUCUGUUCUUAAAUAAUAAUAAUAAUUGUAUUGCCCAACAGUUAACAACUAAUCACUGUGUUCAUGUCUUUUAAUAUAUAAAUCUCGGACCUUUUUUCCAGAUGCAAAUGGAACUAGCAACACAAAUUUGAGCGUUUAAAAAAUGCAUCUAAAUGAAAAAUAAGAUUUGGAUUUUUGAAAAUUUGAAUUGCGAGCCAUUUGUUAGGAAGUUUUCGAAAAACCUAUCUAGAACUAAUGCGGGUGCAAAUAGGACUAUUAAGAAACGCUUCGGCGGUACAUAUACUAAAGUGUAGUUCCCGAUUUUUGAUAGUGAUAUACUAACUUCACAGGCACGUGUGAAUGGUGUGUAACUGUGAAGUUUCCUAAUCGAGAAUAGCAAAUAUUCAACAUUAGUUACUUUUAUUCUGCAUUAAUAAGGCAAGGUGUAAGUUAGGUGUGAUGCAGAAUAUGCGAUUUCAUCCAAAUAGCUUCGCUCUGAUUUAUGUGAUAAUAGCGUUACUGUUGGCUCAUUGUAGAGUUGCUUACGACGACCGAUAACAGUAUUACUGCCGCUCUAAAUUAGUAUACCGAUGAGGUUGCUUUUAUUUUAGUUCAGCUGCAGUAAUGCGAGGGCUAUUAUUGUACACUGUGAUAACCUUUCGACUGAAGUUCUUUUAAUAAAACGUUUGUUUGGGAAUACCUUAACUUAUUACACAUCUUGCAUCACACUUGAAUUAUUUUGCAGAUCAUCUCUAUUGUACUUUAGGUAAACAAUUUAUUAUUUUUUGACUUCCGAAAAUGUACAAUAUUCUUAUAAGUGACGUCCAGUUGGUAUGGUUUUUACAAUUAUAUAGAAUGUAAAUAAUUUAGUUAGUUGUGAAAAUAGAUGAACCGUUAAUUGCAAUAAUAGAAAAGGGAUUCAAUCUUAGGUUGUAGAUAACGUGAUAAAGAGUGAAAGUGGGUGCAGUUUAAUGUACAUUAAAUAUAUUUAGCUAAAUAAUAACUAAUUUUUAUUGACCAUGGGGUAGUGGAAAGUGUUAGUUGUGUCUGUUAAUUUAUGUUUAGGGACUGUGUAUUCAUUUGUAGGAUGAGAUAAUUAUGUAGGUAUCUGACUGCUGUUUGUGAUAUCUGUUACAAGUCAGUUGGUAGACGAAAAAUGGGCACGUUUAAUUUUAAAUACCUACCUGAUAAAAUUAUAUUGGUUUUUGUAUUUUUACAAGUUGUGUGUUUCAUAUGUAAGGUAUAAAAUGGAACGAUCUUCAUUUUUGCACCACUCCAAUAUUAGUAAAUUACAGAAAAAUUGUGAUAAAAUAUGUGUUUGCUUUUAUAAACAUAAGUAAGAUAUGAAAUAAAUAUCUGUAGGUUUAAUAAAUUUGAUUUUAUAUCUGAGAA